AUGACUAUCACCCUGCAGGAUGUGGCCUAUCAGCUGGGAUUCAAGAUCGGCAAUGAUCUUGUAAGUGGAUGCAUAGGUGGUUGGGAGCAGCACCAUCUGGAACAGAUGAUUGAGGACUUUUGUCAACAGCUACUGGGUGUUAUUCCCAGCCCAGAUGACAGACAGUCACAGACCAAAUGGAUUGUGAAGCUGACAUGGUUCCACAACACCGUUUGCGAAGAGCUGGAGCAGGAUGCCACUGAGGAGCGCCUGUUGAGGUACACGAGACUUUACAUCAUGCAGUUAAUAGGGGGUAUCCUAUUUCCAGAUGCAUCUGACUCUCGGGUGCACAUUAGGUGGCGCCCCCUCCUAAAGGACCUUGAGACAUGUGGCCGGUUAUCAUGGGGCUCGGCUGUGCUGGCAUGA